AUGACGCAGCUCAUGGAACGGCAAAACGGCAGCACCGCGCCCCCACCGACAUUAGAAGAGGCCAUCGGAUCGCCGCUCGGGAAGAAGAGGGUAGACAGGGAAAUGCUGAGCGAUGACGGCAAAGCCGAAUUUUGGAUCUGCAUGAACAAUGUCGAGUUGGGCAGUGAGGUCACUGUGCUUCCCUGCAAUCAUGGGUUUCAUGAAGAAUGCGUGACUUCGUGGCUGAAGGAGCAGGAUACUUGUCCGCACUGUCGAAAGCCCAUCAGCUAUUCCGACGAACGCCAGCGCUCGGAAGCGUCAAGGCGAAGAAGUCGGCGAGCAUCCUCGCUAUCAAGUCCACGGGCAUACCAGCCGGAAGGCAUGCG